UCCCGUAUAUAAAUAGAUACUUCCAAGAAAGAUAAAAACAAAUAUUUGCAUUUGUGUAAACUCAUACAUCUCGUUUGUAAUUACAAAACACUUAACCGUCAGCUAUAUAUACGAGUACAAUUUUUCAAAUAAAAUAUUUUGCCAGCGGAAUUCGGGUUGAAUUCACUUGUAACCCGUUGUUAAAUCAGAUCUUUCCCCGAUUCACCUCUUAUACUAUGGCAGGAUAAUUUCUAAUUGCGCGAAAAUCUAUUGUGCGGUCGCCUGGUUGCGGCAACGAGUGGUACUAGUGCCUGCGAUCGCUGAGUAUCAGUAAUGUAACAUUUAUUAUAUUUAAAUUGGGAAUCUUGAGUCAUUCGUGUGUUACGUAACAUUUUUAACGAACUAUUACGAGUGAUACGUAUAGUAAGAAUCAUUCGUGAUAAUUGAUCGGCAGUCGCGGGACAUGGAAAUCUUUGAAAUACUGUGCGGCAUUGUCGCCGUAAUUCUACUUCUAUACUAUUACCUCACAUCAACGUUCGACUUUUGGCAAUUACGUGGCGUCCGUGGUCCACGACCGAUGCCGAUAUUUGGCAAUUUAAAAGAUAUUUUGUUUGGAAAAAUAAGCUGGUGCAAUUAUUUAAUGAAAUUGUGUGAAGACUAUAAAACUGAAUCGGUGAUUGGGAUAUUUGCUCAGAGGACACCUGUCCUUGUCGUAAAGGAUCUAGAUUUAGUUAAGGAUAUCCUCAUUAAAGAUUUCCCCACUUUUGCCGACAGAGGAUUCACCAUUCACGAAAAGUCCGAGCCGCUGUCGCAACAUCUCUUUAAUCUAGAACCGAAGAGGUGGCGACCCUUAAGAACGAAGCUGUCGCAUAUGUUUACACCUCAUAAAUUGAAGAAAAUGUUCUCGUUGAUACUAGAGUGCUCCGACCAUCUUCUAGAUUACAUGGAAAAGUUAGUCAGCAAGAACGAGUCCAUAGAAUGCCUUGAAUUGAUGGCCAAGUACACGACCGACAUCAUCGGUAACUGCGUCUUUGGCGUCGAGAUUAAUUCUAUGUCGAACAAGAACAGCGAAUUUCGCAGAAUAGGAAGAAACGUGUUCCAUCCACCCUGGUCGGAUCUACUAAGAGCCAAAAUCAAAGUACUCUCGCCGCGGUUGUACGACAUCCUCGGUUACAUCCUGCCGGAUACGGAGAUCACAAGCUUCUUCACGCGUCUCGUCGUGGAUACUAUGGACUACAGAGAUAAGAAUAAUAUUGUCAGGAACGAUUUCAUUGACAUGCUACGCGAAUUGAAGAAGCAUUCCGAUAAAAUGGACGAGAUCGAAUUUACCGACAGUAUGUUAGCUUCUCAAGCAUUCCUGUUUUACGCUGCUGGUUUUGAAACCUCAUCAACGACGAUGGCUAACAUUCUAUACGAGCUGGCUUUACAUCAGAAAAUACAGGACAAGUUGCGCGAGGAGAUUGAUGAGAAGUACGUAAAAUAUGAUGGCAUUUUCACUUAUGAGAACAUCAAGACAAUAGAAUACUUCGAUAAAGUGUUCAAAGAAACUCUACGAAAAUAUCCACCUGGGAUGUUCUAUGAGAGAAAAACGACAUCGAGUUAUACUUUCAACAACGCCGAGAAAAUCCAUAUACCAAAAGGCCAAAAGAUAUGGAUUCCCGUUUUCGUGCUUCAACAUGAUCCGUGUGUUUAUCCGGAUCCAGAAGUCUUCGAUCCGGAGAGAUUUAAUGAGGAAGCGGUGAAAAAUAGGCACCCGAUGUCUUUCAUAUCAUUCGGGGAUGGCCCAAGGAAUUGCAUUGGUUCUCGUUUCGCCAUUUGUCAGUCUAAACUCGGGCUUAUAAAGAUACUACGAAACUACAAAUUCGAGCCUUGCGAGAAAACGGAUAUACCUUACGCCCUCAAUUAUGAAACAAUUAUAGCAUCACCAAAAAAUGGAAUACACUUAAGAAUAAUUAAAAUCAAUCGAGCGUAAAUCAAGCUCAUUAAUUUUCUUAAAUGUGCAUACAAAAACAGUGAAGAGAAUCCCUGAUUAAUUAUAUAUAUAAUAAGAAUUACUGUUCUGGCUGCAGUAUAAUACUUAAGUAGAAAAGGAGAUAUGAUAGUAUAAUGUAUUUUGGACGGCUUUUUAUAUAUAUAUAUUUCCUAUCUAUA